AUGAAAAUCAAGGCUCUAUUUAUAGUCUUCAAUUCAAUCUUGAUCACCAUCAAACUUGCCAUACAAAAUUGGACUCUAAAGGCAAUAGAAUCGUGUAAGAGAAGCUCUGCAACAUUAGCGAACUCUGGAAAGUCGGCUCUGCAAAGGUAUAGUUCAGAGCUAAAAGUUAGCUCUGGGAAUAGUGCAGAGCUGAAACUCUGCUCUGCCAAGUUAACUCUGCUCUGCAUAGGGAAGUUCAGCACUGGAGACUUCAGCUCUGACUCUGCAAGUCAGCUCUGCUCUGCUACAGAGCUAUCCUCGAAGCUCUGCUCUAGUGAGCUUCUCUGCUCUGCUCUGCAGCGGGAUUUUCGGCUCUGGCACGGACUUUUCAGCUCUGCAUGGGCUUUUUCAGCUCUGCACGGCAGAGCUUGUAAUGGGGGAGAAGAAGGAGAAGGGUUUGUGGUUAGAAGGGGAGAGAGGAGAGUGUUGGUUUCAACGGAGAAUGGGGAGAUCGUAGGCGCUCGCGUGGGCACCUCCUAUCUUCUUCAUUUCUUCACUAUGGAACCCAAUUCGCUCUUCCUUCCGGUCAUUCUGCAUUCGGAUAUGUUUUUCUAUGUCCACACAGGGAGUGGCAAAUUAUUGUGGACGGAGGAAAAUGAGCUUAAGACAGCGGAUUUAAGGCGCGGAGAUGUUUACAGACUAAAAGCGGGAGCUGCUUUCUUCAUACAGAGCAAUUUGGAGACUGAGACUCAACGCCAGAAGCUUAGGAUUCAUUCCAUCUUCCCCAAUACAAACACGGACAUGCAUGAGCCACCAACUGGGCCUUACUCUAGUAUCCGCGAUAUGGUUCUUGGUUUCGACAAGAAAGUUCUGCAAGCAGCUUUCAAGGUACCUGAGGAAGUAAUAGAAGAACUAUUGAACGGGACGAAGCCGGCGGCCAUAAUACAUGGAGUGUCCAAGAGUGAGAGAAGAGCAUGGGAGGUGGAAACUAAACUCCUAGGCAGCCUUCUAGGAAGCACAAGUCGCAACAUAUUCGAGUUGAGCAAGAAAAAGGGGAAGAAGUCGAGUUCGAAACUCUUCAAUCUCUUCAAAGAGGAUAAAGAUUUUGAGAAUUCGAACGGAUGGAGCACCACAGUAACAGGGAAGAAGCUCUCUGCAUUGAAGGGCACCAACAUUGGCAUAUUUAUGGUGAACUUGACAAGAGGAUCCAUGAUGGGGCCGCACUGGAAUCCUGCGGCUACUGAGAUAGCCAUAGUUGUGCAAGGGCGGGGGAUGGUUCGUGUCGUGUGUCCGAGUGUUUCGAAUGGAACGGGAUGCAGUGACAUGAUGAGGUUUGAGGUUGAAGAAGGUGACCUCUUUGUUGUGCCAAGGUUUCACCCAAUGGCUCAAAUGGCUUUCAACAACGAGACAUUUGUGUUCAUGGGGUUCAGUAGCUCCGCAAAGAAAAAUCAUCCUCAGUUUUUGGCAGGGCAAGCAUCGGUGCUCCGGACCUUGACUAAGGACAUGUUGGCGACGUCAUUCAGCGUGGAUAUUACGACAAUGGAUCGGCUGUUGGCUUCACAGCAAGACUCGGUCAUCUUAGGGUGUGUUUCUUGUGCUGACGAGGAGUUCAGGAUUGUAGAGGAAGAAAGAGAGAAGGCUAGAGAGAGGGAGGAAGAGGAGGCGAGAAAGAGGGAGGAGGAAGCCAGAGAGAGAGAGGCGAGGGAGAGAGAGGAAGAGAGGCGAAAAGAGGAAGAGGAGGCGAGGAAGAGGGAAGAAGAGGAGGCUAAGAGGCAGGAGGAAGAGAGGAAAAGACGCGAAGAGGAGGAAGAAAGAGAGGAAGAGAGGCGGAGAGAGGAAGAGGAGGCGAGGGAGAGGGAAGAAGAGGAGGCUAAGAGGCAGGAGGAAGAGAGGAAAAGACGCGAAGAGGGGGAAGAAAGAGAGGAAGAGGAGGCGAGGGAGAGGGAAGAAGAGGAGGCUAAGAGGCAGGAGGAAGAGAGGAAAAGACGCGAAGAGGAGGAAGAAAGAGAGGAGGAGAAGCGGAGAGAGGAAGAGGAGGAGGCAAAGGAGAGGGAAGAAGAGGCAGCUAGGAAAAAGAGAGAGGAGGAAGAAGAAGAAGAGGAGGCAGCUCGGAGGGAAGAAGGAGAAAGGAGAAGACAGGAAGAAGAAGAGAGGAAAAGGGAGGAAGAGGCUGCUAGGAGGCAAGAAGAAGAGAGACAAAGGCGAGAAGAAGAAGAAGAGGAAAGGAGGAGACAACGAGCAGCAGCUAAGAGACGAGAGGAAGAAGAGAGGCAAAGGCAGGAAGAAGAGGAGGAAGAAAUGGCCAGGAGGGAGGAAGAAGAGAGACAGAGACGGGAAGAGAAAGAGGAAGAGGAAGAAGAAAGGAGAAGGCGAGGGAAGGAAGAGGAGCAGGAGCGAUGGAGCGAAGAAGAAGAGGCAGCAGAGGAAGAGAGAAGAAGGGAACAUAGAGAGGAACACCAAGAGGAGUAAGGAGAUAGCAAGGAAGAUGAAAACCAAAGCUCAUGCUGAUGUCUGACUUUUGUACCCUACUUGUAACCGAGGAUGCUUGUAAUUUUGAAAAUAAAAUGUA